AUGGCACCCCUCUUGGACGUGAGGGUGUCUGAGCUUUUCGCCUCCAGCUUUGACAGACCACACACCCGGAUACAGCUUUCAUGGUCGACAGACGAGCCUCUCGAGUUUGAAUCGAAUCCCUUGCUAGGCCGCUCGAUGCUUGGAGGGACAAGUUGAAGAUCGUGGAGCAAUCCUUGCGGCACGUAGGCAAGGCCACCAGUCUAUCACUAUCGGCUGCCUUUCAAUGUCGAAUCUGGCGGCAUAUAGAUCACGCUGAGCGCAUGCGUUCGGUUGUUAUCAGUAGCCAAGAGUUGGUGAAGUUACCUGCGUGUCGACAUCGAAGAUCAACGUCCCAUCGUUAG